AGCACCUAAUUGUGAUAACUACCGGAGCGAGCAGUGCAAACCUAACAAAGGAUAUUCCUAAAACUCGAGAAAAACCAUAUACAAAUAUGCAGUCUAUCAACAUUUGUGUCCUGGCAGUGUGCGCCUUUGUUCUCGUAUCCUCGAUCAGUGCAGCUCCCCUGGAUGACUCGAAGCAGGCCACAAUUCUGCGCUACGACAACGACAACAUUGGCACCGAUGGCUACAACUUUGGCUAUGAGACCAGCGAUGGUGUUACACGCCAGGAGCAGGCUGAGCUGAAGAACGCUGGUACCGAUCAGGAGGCUCUCAGCGUGCGCGGAUCCGUCAGCUGGGUGGCGCCCGAUGGCCAGACCUACACCCUCCACUACAUUGCCGAUGAGAACGGUUUCCAGCCCCAGGGCGACCAUCUGCCCCACAACUAAAUGUGGCACAUUUUGUGGCUAAGCUUAAACAGUAUUUGUUCGUUCGUUUUUUGUAAAAUAUCUACAUAUAUAAAUAUCCUAUCCUAAUAAUAGUAAUCAU